GCCGCGCCACAUGCUCGCUUGGCAGUUGAGAUGUCAGAUGUCAGUUCAGGUAACAGCCGGAGUCUGCCGUUUGCCUGUUUGACCGACUGACCGGCUAACACAAACACUUAAACACCGCAGAGUUGAACCAAAGGAAGCAAAGAGGAGACUGCUGUAGUUUACAGACAUGGGGGCUCUGAUAUCACGAUGGAAGGCAAAGCCAACCACAGUUGAGCAGCUGGAGAACCUGGAUAAGGACAUUAAAGAGCUGGAGGAGUUUAGAGCCAAAAACCAACGUCUGCAAAAACUGUGGGUCGGCCGUUUGCUUCUCUACUCAUCAGUCCUCUACCUGUUGACCUCUCUGAUUGUUUACUGUCUCUACCUACCUGAACAAUGGCUGCAGAGAAUAGCCAUGGCCCUGCCUUUCUUCAUAUACCCUGUGCUAGUGUGGUUCAUCAGGAAGUUAUUGAUUUUCCUCUUUUCCAAACGCACUGAGAGAAACAAUGAUAAACUAGAAGAUUUAAAGGCUGCCAAGAAGAAGAUUCUGGAGGAAGUGAUGGAAACAGAGACGUAUAAAAAUGCCAAAAUCAUCCUGGAGCGCUUUGAUCCAGAAGCUAAGAAGAAAGCUGAGCUGGAGUCAACUCCAGUGCGUCCCCAGAUGACUCCCAGGCCAGGACAAGAAAUUCGACAAAGAGGGGUGGCAAUGAGACCCUUGCCGAUGGGAACCCCGGUUGCCAUGGCUGGGACUCCCCCACCUGGAGCGCGGCCGCCAUCGGGACCAGGGGGCACACCUGUGGAACCUGUCCUUCUCUCAGCUCCAGGAGGACCACCGGAGAAAUCUGCUCUGUCUGCCUCGGUCCUCCAGGGGGCCGUAACCAGGACCCCCUGCUCCCCUAUACCAGGUGUAGGCAUGCAUCCUCCGGGUCCUCCAUUAGCAAGACCCAUUCUGCCAAAAGACAGGGGAGCUAUGGAUCGAGUCAUUGAGUACCUGGUAGGAGACGGACCACAGAACAGAUACGCAUUGAUCUGCCAACAGUGUUUUUCUCAUAACGGCAUGGCUCUGAAAGAAGAGUUUGAGUACCUGGCGUUUCGUUGUGCAUAUUGCUACUUCCUGAAUCCAGCCAGAAAAACACGUCCUCAGGCUCCCAGGCUUCCAGAGUUCAGCUAUGAGAGGAGGCUGCGAGCAGAAUCGCGUUCCCCGGGACCAACACCACGUUCCGGGACAGACACAGAGGAGAGUGCGCCUCCUUCUGGAGAUGAGAAAGAGAUGGGAGAAGACCAAGGACCCGCUAAAGACGUAGAGAGUGAGAGCCAAUCAGAGGAGCAGCCGCACCAGGAGGAGGAAAAAGAACUGGUUCAGGAGGAGGAGGAGGAGGAGGAGGAGGAGGUGGUAGAGGAGGAGUCAUUAGAGCAGAGUGACAGCACCCCCUGUGAGACGGAAUCUCAGCCAUCAUAGCUGCAGAAAAGUCCAGAUGAGGGCCAGAGACGUAUGAUCGCUGUUGUCAAACAAAAGGUGUUGGUAUUGGUCAUGAUAGGCAGGUGGCAUUUUAAAGCAAUAUACAUGGACAAGGUUAGUUUAUCGAUUUCUUUCUUCCUUGCAACAGAAAAACUUCACCAUCUCACUUGUGUCUCAGUUUGCAGCUUUUGGUUUUCUUCUUUUUUUUUUAAAUUUUUUUUUUUUGCCUAAAUUUGACUAUGAAUUUAAAAGACCAUCAUUAGUAAGACAAAGCACCAUGAGGAAAUGAUGUACUUGGUAAAAUGGUGUGUACUCUUAAUGAUAAACACAACAAAAUAUGAGUUUGCCAUAUUUAAUACUGAAAUUGUCCAACAAUAUUGCUUAAAAUGUUGCCAACAUAUCGUGGCCUUAACAGUUUGACCGGUUGAAUGGGAAGGUGUCAGAUUGAUGAUUGUAGUUUUAAUCCUAAGGCUGUUUCGCGAUAGAGUAGUUGGCUGCUGAUAUUGCACUAUAUGUGGUGACUGACAAACUGACAUAGGUUAAUAAUCUUAGAUUCACACGUUUUUUUUUUUUUUUUAGGUUUUAAGUAGUUGGUUGCCAUUUGAUUUGUUAAUGAAAUGUUUUAGAAAAGAGCCACUGUUGGUUCACAAAGGGUUUGGCCUCAGAUGCAGCAAAAACAAAUACAUGCUUAAAUCCAAAUUCCUUCUUUGACUCUUGUUUUAGAAACUUAUUUUUUUACUCUACUAGUCUGUUUUUUUUUUUUUUUUUACUAAAUAUAAUAGUUUAUUAUAAUGCAAAUCAUACAUGCAGUCAUACAUGUUAUUUAUUGUUUUAUUGGGUAGUAAAGAAAAAUUUCUCACCAAGGUUGGUGAGAAAUUUUAAAAACAUAAGAGCGAACAAAGUGCAUUUUCAAGACAAACCGUUAGUGAAUCAGGACGUGAUGAAUUGUGAUCACAGUAUAUGCUGUUAAGUUUCAUGGUUCUGCUGCGGCGUUUUUCCUCUCCUAGUUUCCCUCACACAAGCUUUUCGCCUAAUACUGAAACAUUUAGGAAAACUUACAAUAUACUCACAUUUUACUAACCACUGAUGUAUGUACACAUUUUAUCCUGCUAAUUUAUGAAGUGUUUUUUUUCAUGAUGUUUGAGCAGCUUGUCUCAGUCAGGCGGUAAAUGGGCUAUGAACAGUUAUCCAGAAAACCAGUUUGUGCAUUUAAACAGUAUUUGCGCUUAGAUCUGCUUGGAGCAAAGGUAAUGAAGAUGUUGGCCAAAAUAGGGGAAUACACCAGGGUGUGUUCCAACACUUACAUCACCGGUAAAAGGAUGACACUAACCAGAGAAACCAGCUUCUGGAACUCUACGUUGACUGUUAUGUUGACUGUUAAAUGAACACUGUGCUCCACCCAAUAACGGAACUCAGAUCAGCCGUUGGUGGCGCAGCAGAAAUGUGUGUUUUGGUCAGAGGCGUUAGGAGUUUAUUCUAAAUGUGCGGCGGAAACUGACACUUUUCCCCAUUCAGUACAACCCUGCUGCUUUGUCCGGGCUUUCCCUGGAUAGCAGCAACAUGUGGACUUUUCAGGUGUGGAAAACGAGUCACUUUACAGAAAUAAUUUUAUUUGUUAUUUGUCCUUAUCAAGCUUUUGUUUUGCAGUAUGGGAAAAUUGAACCUCCUUAGUUAAAUGAAGUUGUUGGUUUUAUAAAGCUCUGUCUAUGAGGUGAGGCCUGUUUACCUAAGCUAACUUACUACCUUGAGGAUAGCACGUAUUGAUGAGCUCACUAACAAUGAAGCAGUCUCUGAAUAAACUGAACCUCUUAAUAUGGCAGGAAAAAAACAAAAACAAAUUGCAGCUACAACAGCCAAUUAAUCUCUAUUUGGUUACUGCCUAUCAUAGUUCUCAAUGGGAUUAGGAUUUGUCAGAUGCACUGUUGUUUUAUCUGAAUCUCCUGACAUCAUUUGCACUGAUUUUCUCUUUGUAUUUAUUUGGCCAUAUCGUGUUUUAAUCCGUAGUUCUGGUUUUGCUCCACUUUUUACAUUUAGACAUGUAAUAUGUAAUUGCCAUUGUCACAACUAAUUAAAAGUAUAGGCAAGGUGUGGGUUCUUUAGCCUCCAGGUUGCUGAGGAUUAGCAUUUUUCUUUUUAAAUAUUUAAGUGUUCUUUUUGCUUACAUUAAUUGUAAGUGUUUUAAAUGCGUGCACUCACAGCAGGCAGCUGGUGCCAUCGUACUGUGUGCCUUGUUUGCUUCUGGUAUAUUCAUUUGUUUACAGUGUCAUCUGACCAAUGUGUAGCUACUGUAGCAACAUCAAAUUAAGACAGUCCAUGGGUCCUUUGGCCGGCACUAGCACCAGGCGUUUUUUUUUUUUUUUCCAUUUAAACAAUUUAUUCUGUUAUUAAAUGGAACCGUGGAAGUGAGUGUCUAUGCAAAUGCCAAUAUGUCGUAUCACCUGUGUUGUACAGGUCUGGUCCUAGAAACACACCCAGGCUAAGUGGGCAAAAAGUUCCUGUGGGGCGCACACACCACACAUUAAAUUCCUUUUUAAGUGUUUAAUAUCCGAUUUUCACAAUAAUUCUGUGUGUGUUUCUUGUCAGUUGUUGUCCUGCUCAAAACCUUGCAGCAACCCAGGAUCAAUUGGCUGUAAAGGUUGGGACCAGCCUCCUGAAUCUGUACCUGGCAGCACAAGUGUUGUUGAGCAAACCUUUGUUGAAAUGUUGAGGAGAGCUCACUCUGCGAAUUGAAAGUUGCCUGACAUCAUGCCUUGGCCACAGCUUGACAUUUUGAUUUUGUUUCAUUACUUCCCUGCACCAGGCAGCUUUUUGUAGAAGUGGCAGAACGUUACUUCAUGGUACCUAUCCAGUUUACUGAUUUGUGUUCAGCUGAAGCCUGUCUGGAAAUAAAUUCUCAAUAUGAAGCUUUCACUUUAAUAUUAAUAAGCUUCUUAGAUCCUCAACAGGAUCUCUCUCACACUGACAUAUGUAGUACCUGGUAACUUAUUUUUGCAGUGUCUUUUUUUUUUUUUUUUUUUUUGAGCCUGCUAGAUUUAUUAGAUACUUUUCUGCCAAUGCUGGUUGUAAAGUGUGGCACAUCGAAUAAAGUUUUUUUUUUUAAUGACAAAGGAAGGCAAUAGUUGUGCUGUUGUGGCUCUUAAAUGCUGUCCCCUUCUGCUUCAGUGCCCAAUCACAACUAGGUUAUAGGCCUGCUAUCCAGAAUAAGUGAUAAAAUAGUUAUGUAAAAAAAUGUAAUAUUCAAUGAUGUAUUAUAUCAGUGAAAUCUGAGCUUUGGAUAACAAAUUCACUAUAAUACAACAAUAAAGGAAGAAAAA